AACUCCCUUCAUUAUUUAAAAAACACUCCUGUCAAAAGGAUUUCUGGGUGUGGGAAAGAUCUGACAUGAGAGCCAGCAGAUCUGACUGGUCAGUGUUGUGGCCUAUUAUUAGCCUCUGAACACUGGAUACCGCCUUCUCAGCUGAGUCUUGUCUGGGAGGAAAAAUAUUCAUUACGUAACAAUAAAGGAUCUGUCUCCCGACCCACUUCCUGAAUACCACAGCAGCAACUAGGCCCCAAACUGAGGCAGAGCGAAAGCCUCGUCCGUUUGUUGGCCGGAGCAGAGCAAAGAGGUGCCGGUUUGUUGUCUGCUUAUCCCUUGCCUCCACAAAUUCACCGCACCACCCCUCCUUCCCAGCUCUCUUUUGUGGGUCAGUGAUGCAGCGGGAGUGACGCAGCAGUGGCAGCACAGCAGGAACAGGGAACCUCUUGCCAGAACCAUAGUCCACAGGCAACUUCCAGACAGCAGUGAAGAGGGAAGAUGGUAAAGGCCUAAUCUAGGCCAAAGGAAGAAAGGGAGCUGUGUCUCCUUACCUCCUCCUAAACAAACACCACAGAGACUUCUAUAGCGGCGGAGACGAGCACAGCAAGACCUUCCUCACAGAGACGUUUUGGUAGGCAACUCAAAGUGUGAGUGCUUGUGGAGGCAGAAACAUAAGUGCUACCAGGGAUGAGUGUCUUUGUAUGCUUGCAGUGUAAAAUGCUUUGAGAAUGAGGAUGAGGCCUACUCAGCCUUGUACUGCGGUUUGUGCCUCCCUGAUGAUCAGUGUCUCUUCAGGCCGCAGCUGCGCUUACGGAGCAUCAGAGGCACAGAGGCCUAUAAACUUUGUCCUGCGGUUAAGAAUGCAUUCUAGCUGUGAUAUCAAAGAUGACAGUGGUGUCCCCAUGCACUCAGAACCUGAUGGAUAGCGUUCACCCUCAAAAUGUGCUCAGCAAACUCAAUGAGCAGCGCUCACAGGGUCUUUUCUGUGAUGUUACGAUUGUGGUGGAGGACGUGAAGUUUCGGGCUCACAAGAACAUCCUGGCAGCCUGCAGCGGGUACUUCAGGAAUGCUCUGACAACUCCUGAGACAUGGAGCUCAAACCAAGUGCUGGAGCUGAUGGACCUGAAGUCUGAGGUGUUCGCCAGUAUCCUUAACUUUAUCUACUGCUCGAAGGUGAUACCACAAGGCGCAGAGGACACAGUGGGGCUAGUGGCAGCUGGCAAAAGACUCGGAAUUCCUUUUUUAGAAAAGCUUUCAGAACAAGUAAGGCAGAAUGAAAUCCUUAAAUCCACAGAUCACAGCACAGCCACAGUGUCCAAGAAAACAAAGAGGGAAGCUCCCAGGCCUGAGGAGAUCGACAGUGCCACAGGGCCACGCAUCACCAAUGCCUUCUCUAUCAAUGAGGUGUGUCCUGGAAACAAUCUUUUCCCUCCACUGGUCCAAAACAAUGGGGAGAGGGAGUCACCAGAUGUGGGACAUCUCCCAUCACCUUGUCCUACCAUGUCCUUCCACAGCCAGACAAGUGAAACAACACAUGCCCUCUCAGAGCACUCAUACGCAGUCAGCAAAUCUACUGAAAGCAAGGAUAGCAAUCAGUGUGACAGCAAAAAGGUCUGCAAGCCAGCAAUCUCACAGCCAAAGCAACUCAUGUACAGGAACACAGGCCCCCUUAAAAAGCGCCACAGGCUGAGAGGCAAUUUGGGUAGAAGUCUAUUCCCAGCACCAGCUGACCCACAAACAGAUACACCGAAUACAAUACCCCCACAAUUAGCUGAUGGUGUUUCUGCAGCACCUGUUGCAGUUUCAACACCACCUCCACUUUUUUCAGAGUCAGAAAAACAUGUUGAUACAGCGCUAAAUAAAGCAAUUGACAAUACUCAAAUGGAGUUGGGUCCACCACCCCUGUCCCCUCACACAGAGGACAGCGUUUCAAUAUACGGAUGCGAGCACUGUCCAGAGAUAUUCACAAAUAAGGCUCUUCUGACUAUUCACUCAGAGGUUCACAAAAAGCGUUUUGUCAGUCAUUUGUUUUGCAAGUUUUGUCACAGAAAAUUUAUACACCUCAAACGUUUGCGCAACCAUGAGCAGGCCUGUCCAAAAGCUGUAAAAGGGCCACCUAAACUACAUGCAACUGACAUGCCUACCAAAGAGUUGGACCUCCCUCCAGAAGACAUGCCAAACAUAGAGAGCAUCGUGACACAACUGCCAUCUGCUGACUCCUCCACCCCAGAGCCCCCAGAGCCCCUUCAACUGGACCAAUCAGAGCCCCCACAGGACGAGAAGAUAGCAAGACCAGGAAGUGGUCAAAGGAGAUACAACUGCAGUGUGUGUAAACGGGUCUACAUCACCCUAUCCAGUCUGAAGCGGCAUGAAAAUGUGCAUUCCUGGCAGAGGGCCUAUCCCUGCCAUUAUUGUAAUAAAGUGUUUGCCUUGGCAGAGUACCGUACCAAGCAUGAAAUCUGGCACACAGGUGAACGCCGCUAUCAGUGCAUUUUUUGCCUAGAGACUUUCAUGACAUACUAUAUCCUCAAGAACCAUCAGAAGUCUUUCCACGGCAUCGAUCCCAGUCUAGCUGUUAAGAAGAAAUCCGCAAAUGGAGGGCUGAAAGCCAGUGUUUAUCCAAUCAAACUCUACAGGCUUCUGCCUAUGAAGUUCAGAAAGAGACAAUACAAAACAUACAGUCAGACAUACUCAGAGUGUCAGGAAAAAGAGCACCAAGCCCCACUAGAGAGUAGCUCUCUUAUCCCUCCAUUUGAAGAAAAUGGUCUGAUCAGUCCCCCUGAUUCUGUUUCACUCCCUCUUACCUUCAUGGCAACCACAACGAUGGUUGCACCAGUCAUGCCUCGAAUCAGCUUUGACAAGCCAUGUGACCAAAACGUUGAACAAAGUCUCAACAGUGAAUUGGAAAUUCAGAAAGGCAAGAGAAAAGAAUGUGGGAGCAUAGGACCAGCCUUCAUGAAUAUUGACAAUACCUUUUCUUUGCAACCAGAUACAGAGCCUUCUGCAAUUGGUUACAGAGACACUUCAGAGCACAUUGAUCAUAAUGCGCCAUUCUUAAACUCUUUGAACACUGUUAAAAAGUUAGCUGAGCUAUCAGCUUCUGCCAAAAGAGUUGAGGAUAUGACGAAAGAAAUACUGAAAUCAAGCACUGAGAAGCUAGUGCUUGAUAAAGCGGUGGAAGGGAAAAUAGAAACCUAUAUUGCCAAACCUGUAUGCCCAGGUCCAUCUGUUGAUGGUUCUUCCAUGCCACUCUGUCAAAUUACAGUGAAAAUAGGCAAUGAAGCUAUCAUCCGUCGCAGAAUCAAAGGAUCUAAGCUCUUUCCCAGAAAGAAAAGGAGAAUUCGGGAAGUGAAUGAGGGGGAGAGCUCAAGUCAGUGUACUCAAAUACGGGAAAACUCAGAGAGCCCCAGACUGCGCCUCAGACCUGGAGCCACUGCCGCCACAGAGCGAGAGACAUACGAUGACCCCAAUGACCUUGACACAGCUGAUAUGCUUUGGCGUCCAUAUUAUUCUUACAAAGCCAAAAAAAAGAGAAAGAAGUUAAGAUUAAAGCACAGAAAAUCUUUGUUUCAUCGGUACCCCGAAACAUCUGUGGAUAGAAGUACUGCGAGUGAGGCCCCUCUUGGUGGAAGUAUUAGACUGUCAGAAGAGAGUGUCUCAGGUGGUAGUGGAGAAGUGAAACGUAGCCUUAGCAGAAACUCCAGCCCAAGGGCCGCCUACAACUGUGACAUUUGUGACAGCUCUUUUAUCACAGAGACUGGUCUAAGGGCUCAUGUCAUUGGUUCCCACCCAUGCUUCUGCCGGACCUGUGGUAAACAAGGUCCCCCUGGUGAGGCACCUGCCGGUGGUGAUUACAUUUGCAACAGCUGUAUGGAAAAUGGCUCCUGCUUUGACAAUGCACCACGGAGCCCAAACCCCGAGAAGAAGUAUCGCUGCUCCUUCUGUCCUCAGCGUUUCCUCUACCUUGCCACCAAGAGGAGUCAUGAAAAAAAACACCAGGUGACAAAUAAGGAGGGAUAUAAUUUUGACAACACAACACCAUGUUCUAAAUACAAGCGCGAAGAAAAUGAGGAAGACACCAUAAAAACAGAAGUCGAAGACAAUCAAGGGGGCGCUGACAUCAAAUCUGAAAGAGUGGAGGGAGACCAUUUUUCGAUUGACAGUUUUAAAUCUAAAAUUGAGGACUCAACUGGCUUUAUGCCUUUGACUGCCUACCAAGAAAUGUCAUAUUCCACCAUUAAAAGUCCACAAUCACCUCACAUUGCCCAAGUGUUUUCCCUGACACCCUUGAAAGCAGCACAUAAAAUGCAGAAAAAAAAGAUCAAUGCACCGCAUCCUAUGCAUCCCAUCUCAAAGAAACAAGCCUCUGACAGAGAAAGCAACGAAGAUGUUUUUAACGGGCUGGGAAAAAAUCUUCAAAAUGAAAAGUCUUGUAAAUUAUUUAAAACAAAUGACUCUGAAACCAAAGCUGCCCACAUGUCUUUACAGAAGCCAGAGAAAUGGGUGUGCAAAGAAGAGCCAUUUUUUUAAAGAUUAUUGAAGACUGUGGGCAACGAUGGGCAAAAAAAUGUGAAUGAAAGUUGACUUCAGGCCAAUGCUUUGGUGAGGAAAUAUACAAGUAGUAAUGUUGUCUUUAAAGCUGAGCUUAGCCAGAUGUUUUUAAAGGACAACACUUGUGAAAAUCUUAUAUCGGUUUAGACUAAUUUCUUUUCUCUUUAACACAACUACUGAGGGAUUUUUCAUCUUUCAUUUUGGGGAUGACAUUAUAAGACCUUCUGACACAGACUGUAAUUUUGUCCAUUGUCUAUGCAUAAGUCAAAGUCUUAUGACAGGACUGUAACCUCAAGAAGAUACAUGUUUGUUAUAAAUGUUUCUUUGUACGAUGUGCAAUUUCAGGACAUGGGUAAGAUGUGAAGGACAACUGAAAGUUAUCUUCUUUAGUAACAUCUUCACUUUUUUUUAAUUUGUCUGGGAGAAACAACAAGUUUUAAAAAGGUCAUAUUUCUGAAUCUGUCACUAACAGUAGAUGUUGACUUGCACUUUAUAGUGAGACUAUGCUGAUCUGUUGGUUUAAUACUUUGAUAAUUCCAUUUAAAUUUUAAGCACCAUUGAUACUAUUCUAAUUUCCUAUUAACACAUAGCAUCGUUGCAAUUUCAGUUACUUAUUUUUAUGUUUAUGUAUGAAACAUGUCAAACUAUUUAAAUAAAUGUUGAUAAUCCUAACAGUUA